AUGCCCGCCCCUGUGGGUAGCUACAGGUACCUGGCAUUCAAGUACUGGGGGGACAUUGACGUGUUCGAGAAGGUGUAUCUAGACUCGCCUAGUGAGGUCACUGCAAGGAUAUUCACCAGGCAUCUCCAGCGCGUUAUCAUUAACGUACUGAAUCUCCAGGCCACCACCGCUACGUCGGAGUCGGCCCAUUCAAGUGACUCACUCGUACGAGGGGUGUACUUCCUCGAACUCAAGUGUGGCCUCCAUCCGAACGCAUCUCUGACAUCUAUAACUGGUCUUGGUAAAUGGGACUAUGCUGGCAGGAAGCUCGUGGACUAUGACGGACCACGCGUGUAUCGACAAUUAUCGAGACUAUUGGCUGAAGGACUCCUCAACGAGCAUGUCCUCCGUAAGGCUCCUUGCCUGGACUCUCGUCACUCAGUAGAAGCUCAGUGGAGUACAACCUACAAGCAUUGGAUACUAUCCAUCGGAGAGGCCCAGUCGCCGUCCAGGCUCACCUCGAGGGUAUCUUCAGGAGGAGCGGCUCAAAGGGACAGGGCCAUGACUGAAUAUGAGUUCUUCCGUCAGUGGGUUCACAGCUUCCCAAAGCUUCGGUGGUCACCUAAGGAGAUCAUAGCUGGUCGAAAGGUCGUCAGUAACAGUGACGGUCUGAGUAUGACUCUGGAAGAUGCCGUUCGGUCCAGUCGGGGAGAGGUGAAGCUGGAUGUAGCUGUAUCCUUACCACAAGGGCGGAUAAUAGAAGCAUCAGUGUUAUGGCAAGUAGAGAGCGAUGAAGGCCUCCUCACGAAGCCCCUAGACCCGUAUAAAGAAUCACUCAAUUCUGAUAUACUUAAAUAUGCCGGUGGUAACAAACAAGAUUUCUAUAAGACGGCUAAGAGGAUGUGGUCGAGAGAGGUGUAUAACUACUAUCAGCAUCUUUACAAUGACACCAAGAGGACGGAAAGCCUCAAUGUCCGAUCUGCUGAAUCGGUCCUGUGGACUCUGGCUAAGCUCUUUUCAUCUCCACCUGCAGCUGUAGCACGGUGCAUCACUGAUCUCAGAACUAUCGAUCAUGCUCUGGAGUCUAGGGCCAAGGAGGCUACUCCCAGAUGGCGUACUAGACUUAUACUACUCAUUCGAGAGCCUCUCAUACGAGGUCUUGCCUACUGCCAGCAUCUUCUGUCGAAGAAUAUGAGUGCUAUGCUCCGCAGUACUCCACACUUCGCUGCUAAGAUUAACACUCGCUCAAAGUACCGCCAUUAG